UAGAUGCUUAUAAGCAGCCAUGGCCUUGUUUUAAGGCUCAGAAACAAGCCAUGGAUUCUCAAUCUUCCUUGGUCGUCCUCUUUGUUUUCCUCCUACCCUUUAUUUUAUUGCUCUUGAUCAAGCAGAGGAAGAAAAGCUCUGCUUCUCAAGAGAGGAGGCUGCCUCCUGGUCCUAGGAGGCUACCUCUCAUUGGGAACCUUCACAAGCUUUCUAAUGGCUUACCUCAUCAUGUCCUUGAACACCUUGCCCUUCGAUAUGGACCCCUCAUGUUCUUGCAAUUAGGCUCAAUAUCUACUUUGGUAGUCUCUUCAGCCCAUAUGGCAAGAGAGAUCUUCAGAACUCAUGACCUCGUUUUUUCCGGUAGGCCAGUCUUGUAUGUUGCAAAGAAGCUUAGUUAUGGCUGUGUCAACCUAUCAUUUGCUCCCUAUGGUGAGUAUUGGAGGGAGAUGAGGAAGAUUGUGAUCUUGGAACUGCUUAGUGCAAAGAGGGUUCGAAUGUUUCAGUCUGUGAGGGAUGAAGAGGUGGGGCUUAUGAUUGACUCUAUAGCUCAUUCUAAGGGUCUCAUCAAUCUCACUCAACUGACACUUUUCUUAGCAAACAAUGUCUUGUGCCGUUCGGCUUUCGGUAAAAAGUAUGAUGAUGGAGGAGGAAUUGGCAAGAACAGAAUUCAUGGAUUGCUUGAAGAGGCAAGGGCCCUGUUGGGAGGAUUCUUCUUGUCAGAUUUUCUACCAUGGUUGAGUUGGUUAAACAAGUUCAAUGGUCUUGAGAAAAAGGUGGAGAAGUGUUUUAAAGGCUUGGACAAUUUCUAUGACAGGGUGAUUGAGGAACACCUUGAUCCUAGAAGGCCUAAACCAGAGCAUGAAGAUCUUGUCGAUGUUCUGCUUCGGGUUCAGAGGGAUCCCAGUCAAGCAAUACCCCUCAGUAAUGACCAAAUUAAGGGUGUUCUCACUGACAUGUUCAUUGCAGGCACUGAUACUUCCUCAGCCACACUGGUGUGGACAAUGGCUGAACUGAUUAGGAACCCCCUAGUGUUGAGGAAAGCGCAAGAUGAGGUGAGAAGAGUUUUAAAGGGAAAAGCAAAAGUGGAAGAAAGUGAUCUUUCUGAACUCAUGUACCUAAAUCUGGUCUUGAAGGAAAGUUUUAGACUACAUCCAGCAGUGCCCUUACUACUUCCAAGAGAAACCUUAAAGAGUUGCACGAUUGAAGGGUACGAAAUUCCCACCACAACAAUGGUGUUUAUCCAUGCAAAAAUGAUAGGAAAUUUAAAUUUGAUGUUUGCUUGGGUGAUUGCUAAGAGAGCAGCCCUUGCUUCACCUAGAGUUGGAUCAAAUUUAAUGGCAGCAACAAAGUUCAUCUUGAACCAAUAUAUAAUUCAGUUGGAGGAGACCAUUUAG